UGAAGUUGUUUUGGUAAUUGCUAGGUAGUAAGGAUAUCCCAUAUGGGGGGGUAAAGGGUCUGUUGAUGAUAAGUGAUACCUGAAAUAACCCAAUCCUUUUUUUUUCAAUUCUUCUCAGGGCAACCUGCGGUCAAUCAAGACAGUGGGAAGUCUGGACUCUCUGGGUAUUACUACCAGGGUGUGUGGCGAUCACUAGGUGGCUCUAACGUUCAACAAUUCAACAACGACUCUGCAAUCAGCCAGUGUUUGAAAGGCAAGGUGGUCCACAUGUAUGGAGACUCAACCAUCAGGCAGUGGUUUGAGUACCUUGAUGCUUCUCUUCCAGAGGCUAAGGCAGUAAACCUGAACAGUCCGAAGCCAGCAGGACCUUACAUGAUAUGGGAAAAUGCAAACAAAAUCAUGGUAACGUAUCGCAUCCAUGGUCUUCCUCUUCGGAUUUCAAUAAUACCAACCAGUAAGGAGUGUUACGUUUCCAAAGAUCUUGAUACGCUGGUUGGUGGUACCAACACAGUUGUAGUUUUAGGAAUCUGGGCCCAUUUCAGCACUUUUCCAAUUGAACUUUACAUCAGACGGCUUCAGAGCAUCCGCAGGGCAGUGGUCCGUCUGUUGAAUAGGGCUCCUGGCACACUGGUGGUCAUCAGAACUGGGACCCUCCAAGCUAUGCACGUUGGUAAUGUGAUAAGCAACGGUGACUGGUUCUCGUUUCAGGUGGACAAGGUGCUCAGAGCCGUGUUCACAGGACUUAAUGUCCAACUGGUGGAUGCAUGGGAUAUGGUUCUUGCUCACCACUUGCCGCACAACAUUCAUCCAAAACGUCCCAUCAUUAAGAAUAUGGUUGAUGUUCUAUUGUCUUACAUAUGCCCACAAAAGAAGAGAUAGCUGUUCAUUUAAUGAAGGAAUUUUAACAAUUCAGGAAAAAUGCAGCUCUUAUUGGUAAAACUGAAACUGAAGCAGUUUUUCUGCUUCUUGUGUGUUUCUAUCAAAUGAUUUAUUUUUCCUAAAGCAGACUAUACAGACAAAGCAAGUAUUACUUUGAUCCAUCUUUUUAACAGAGAAUUGUGAGUAAAAAAAACGAGAGCAAACCGGAUUGCAAUCAGUUUGAAGUCAAAUAGCUCUAAUAAAAACAGGCGUGUGAAGAUUCACAUUAACCCACACUGCUCAUUGAGCUAGGUACUUAGUUUGAUGAAAACAUUCCUGGAGUUGUAGGAAAAUACUAGGGAUAAUUAUGAGAUUUGCUUAGUGGCCAAUGUCAGAUGUAUUAAAUGGAAAUUUAAAGACAUCUGAGCUCAAGUCUAAAUUUACCAUACCACAAUAAGCUAAAUUUACCAUUUAGUCCAUUUACUCUAUAGAAUUGUAUGAGAAGUUACUAUCUACCCAUUAAUGGCUAACUAGUAGUUAAUUCCCCAUUAACUAUGCAACAAUUUGUGUAGUUACAUUAUCUGUUAAAUUAUAAUUAGCUACUCUAGACCAUGUAAUGAGGAAAUACUCACUAUCUACCCAUUACUAAAUACCAUGACAUGAAUUUCUUCAGCCAAUUUAAAUGAAAACUAAAAAAAGAAAAUAUAUAAAAUUCAUUAUGCCAUCCAAACUUUGGCUGCUCAAUUGAAAAAGAAAAAAGUCAGGAGAAUACCUCGGCUUGUGAGGGAGCGUCUCCUAUUCACCUUAACAAUCAUGUAACUAUCUUAUUAACCAUUAAGUUGACAAUUUUUUUUUUUAUUAUUCGAUGUGUUAAUCAGCUAAAGUAUGGAUCCACUGUAGUUAAAUGAUUCAUGAGCUUAAGUUAUGUUAGUAAAUGUUUUAUUGCUUUGAUUAUUAAUCAUGUCCUCUCUGAGGUAAAAUUUCUGUUGACAGAGAAGCAUAGCAUGUUUCCUUGAUGUCUGAUGAUAUAGUUAGGUCAUUUUUAUGAUUUAAUUCAGUAAAUAUCCUACAUAUGGGACUUUUAAACUUGAUCCUAUCCUGAAUGGUUGGAUAAUGGACUUUUUACCAAUAGGUGGCAGUGCGUGACAGUAAAUGAUGUUCUUUCUAUCCUGAACUUUUCUUCCACCAGCUUGUUGUCUGUCAGCCCUUCUGUACAUUAUGUACACUAAUGAGUGUUGCAGCAUUUGUGUGCGUGUGCUGUUGUAUGUGUACAUAUUUUAUAUUUUAUAUGCUGCAGCUGGAUUGCUCCUACAGAGUUUCGUUGUAUAAAUUUACAAUGACAAUAAAGAUCAAUCGAUCUAUAAAAAACAGA